CAACCUUGCUUAAAUAACGAUGCCAGUUUAUUUAUAGCAAUCCAUCUCUUUCCCACUGGUUGUGUAAGUGUGAAGCACAGAGACGAUGGAAAGGAACAAGGAAAAGGAAUGAUUUAAAAACAUGGACUUUUAACAUUUCUUUUCAGAGAGUCAUUCAGUUCCUUGGACGAGAGAGAAUGGAAAGAUAUUGAAUGCUUUGGAGAUAGACAUAGGCAGCUUCUUAUGACGACAGUGGACUAAAAGAGGAACUGUGAUAUCUAGUUAAAACAGAUCAGGCUCUCUGAAUCUUCAGGAUGACCAAAGAUGACAAGAACACAGAGUGGGUGGGCAGACAAGAGUUCUCUGAUAAAUAUGAACCCAAGGAGAUCCUAGGAAGAGGUGUAAGCAGUGUGGUUCGUCGCUGUGUGCACAAGCAAACCGGUCAGGAGUACGCUGUAAAGGUUAUAGACAUCAUGCCAUCAGACAAAAUGACUGCCCAGGAGGCACAAGAGAUUCAGGACGCUACAGUGAAAGAGAUCGACAUCCUUCAGAAAGUCUCCGGACAGAAUAACAUAAUACAACUAAAAGACUCCUUUGAAUCCAAGGCCUUCUUCUUUUUAGUUUUUGACCUGAUGAAGAAGGGAGAACUGUUUGAUUACCUCACAGAGAAAGUGACUCUGAGUGAGAAAGAGACAAGAAAGAUCAUGCGUGCUCUCCUAGAGGUGGUGGAGUUCCUUCAUAGCCAUAACAUAAUCCACAGAGACCUAAAGCCAGAAAACAUCCUGCUAGAUGAUGGCAUGACCAUUAAGCUGACUGACUUUGGCUUCUCCCUCCAGAUAGAACCAGGACAGAGGCUGAACGAGGUUUGUGGAACUCCAGGUUAUUUAGCUCCUGAAAUUAUCGAGUGCUCCAUGGACCCCAAUCAUCCAGGAUAUGGUCCUGCUGUUGACCUUUGGAGUGCCGGUGUGAUCAUGUACACUCUGUUGGCUGGAUCACCCCCAUUCUGGCACAGGAAGCAGAUGCUGAUGCUGCGUAUGAUUCUGUCUGGGCAAUACAACUUCAACUCUCCAGAGUGGGAUGACCGCUCAGACACUGUGAAAGACCUGAUUUCCAGGUUACUGGUGGUGGAUCCACAAAGCCGCUACACAGCCACAGAGGCGCUGAACCACGCUUUCUUCCAGCAGUAUGAAGUCACAGAAGUCCGUCAUUUCAGCCCUUACAGGAAGUUCAAGGUUAUCUGCUUGACUGUCCUGGCUACCAUGCGCAUCUACUGCAACUAUCGCCGGGCCAAACCUGUGACCAAGGAAGUGAUUUGCAGUGACCCAUAUGCCAUCAAAUCACUGCGGAAGAUGAUCGAUGCCUGUGCCUUUAAGAUCUACGGUCAUUGGGUGAAGAAAGGACAGACUCAAAAUAGAGCAGCUCUAUUUGAGAACACACCCAAAUUCAUCCUGCUGUCUAUUGCUGCUGAGGAGAACGAUACGUCCUUGAGGACUCUGUGAGACAAGCUCACAUGACCGCAAAACGGAAACUACAGAAUGGAUAAUCAAAUGAAGCAUCACUUACGCAAGAUGAAAAUUGUGUAAUGCCUUGAAAGCAGUGGCUCUCUAAGUCGGUCCAUGAUAUUUUAAUUUGGUGUGUGAAAUCACAAUUUUUAGUUAUUACAUGUAUUAUUGAGUUCGUAUGGUUAUUCGCCUGUUUGACUGGCAUUUGAAUUGUUUUUUAUCCAAACCUCAAUAACUCAAAAACAAGUCGCAAGUAAAUUAUAUUAACAUGAACCUAAUGUGUCCUGCCAAUGGAAAUUUAAGGACUAGAAAGCUCAAGAGAGCUAAUAUUUAUAUACUCUUCUGAAAUAAGUCUAUCCCUGGCCACAGAGAGUUUUAAAACCACUGCUGUAAGCUCAUUUCAUACAAAUGUUGCAUGAUUAUAAUAAGGUUCUACAAAUUCUAAGGUUUGGGUUAUGAGAGCACAUAAGCUGAAGUUUGUUUCUGAGACACUAGGGGGCACUGCCUCACAAAUUGCCUACAGUUUAUUCACUUAAAAAUAAUCAUAUAUCAACAAUAGGGUCAUACAAACCCAUAUUUUAACCAUGGUCAUGCUGAUAACUUUUGGCUUCCUCAAUUAAUUAGACAUAACCCUGUAAUUACUAGUGUUGAGCUUGGAAAACAAAUAAUUACCUGACAUUUUGUUUAACGUUUAACAUUAAUAAUCCUGCGAUCUUCUUGGUUUGUUCUCUGCUUGCAUUUAUUUUGGAAUUUAAAACGUUUUUUUGUUCAAUUUAUGUGAUUACAGCCAUUUUAUUUUAAUGUAAAUAAAGUUAUACAUAUGAAGAAAUGUCCAGUAAAGGAAAACUGUUGAUUUAUGGGCGAUUCCACGAUUAGGGUGUCAGUUAGAGUGGUGCUUGAAAGUUUGUGAACCUUUUAGA